AUGGAAGAAUUCACGGUCGGCCAUGAUAUGCUGGAGCUACUAAACAGCAUGGAUACUGAAGAAUUGCGUGAAUUCGCAGUGCUACAGGAAGAUUCCAGUAGCAACACGUCCAUGGAGCUCCUAGUCUGCAUUCGAUACCUCAUCUACCAAAAGGAGCCAUCAACGGAAAAUCUUGACCAAGCAGUGCGCCAGGGUGAAGCAUGGGUGAUAUCCACGGCUCCAAGUGACGCAGACUUGGCGAAGAAAUUUAAAAUCGUCGGCCGUCGGUAUGAGCGCAUGGGAGAUCUUGAAGAUCUUAACCAGUCAGUGAGGAUCACCGGCAUGGCAGUAGAGGCGACAAAUACUCUUGACGAAACUGUACAUCCGUCCCGAUGCCACUUUCUAAACAAUUAUGGAAUGUGGCUUGGUAGGCGCUUUGAGAGACUUGGAAACACUCGGGAUCUUGACGAGGCUAUUCAAGUUACAAACGAAGCCAAAGAAGCCACUUCUCAUACGGACCUGGAACGAGCUGGUCGGUUGAGUAACCUUGGCCACUGGCUUGCUGAGCGUUUCGAGCGAUUUGGAGCUACUGAGGACCUUGAUUGGGCUGCCAGUAUUUCAGAGGAAGCCGUUAGGGCGGCACCCCCAGGUCACAUUCAUCGAGCUUCUGCGUUGAAUAAUUGUGGAGGAACGCUUCUGGUACGUUUUAAUAGAACGCAUCAUGUGCGGGACAUUGACCGUGCUAUUGAAAUGUUCACUAUUGCUGCCGAGAUCACUCCUUACAACCAUCAAGAUAGGGCAAGGCAGUUGAGUAUGCUUGCUUGCUGCCUUGGUUACCGAUCCCAGUUUUUCAAGGGAAAGUCGGAUGAAGAUAUCAACAGAGCUGUUAAGAUUGCGUAUGAAGCAUUAGAAGUCACUGGGUCUGGUGAUCCAGAGAGGGCACUCUGGAAACGUGGACUUGCCGAUUUACUUUAUCAGAGAUUUGAGAAGAUGCCAUUGAUACUGGUAGAAGAUCUCAACCUAGCAAUCGACUUUGCAAAGGAGUCUAUGACUGAAACUAUCUCAGUGCGAAAUUUGUCUGAAGGACCAAUCCAUGGAUUUGAUGAAAUUAUUCUCUACCUUAAGGAAGGAUGGAAUUGUCGCGAUGCUCCUCCAGGUCUUCGAAUUUAUUUGGCUCGACAAACUGCCUAUUUUUUGAAUCUUCAGUCAAAAUGGGAGGAGUCUAUCGAGAUACUCCAAAAAGCUGUUGAACUCCUCCCUGCGCUCAGCGCACGAUCCUUGCAGCAUACCGAUAAAGAGUUUUACAUUGCAAAUUUUGCAGGGUUGGCUUCCAUGGCUGCGGCUACUGCUCUGAAUGCAGGCAAGACAGCCGUUGAAGCUUUGACGCUUCUUGAGCUUGGCCGGGGCAUCAUCAGUGGUAUGAUGUUGCUGAUGCAUGCAGAAGUGUCUGAUCUUAAAGAGCAGCACCCAGAUUUGGCAGAACAGUUUUUUCUGAUUCGUGAGAAACUCAAUCUGCCCGUUGACUGGACACCUCUAUCUAGCCUCAGAGCUGGAAUGGAUCCCAAUAGAGAUCAAGCAAGGUUUCGCCGUGAAGCCGAGAGUGAUUUCACUGAGCUCAUACAAAAUAUUCGCCAACAAGAAGAGGGCUUUGAAAAUUUUCUCUGUGCGCCCACCUCAAUUGAAAUGAUGGCUGCGGCGGAGGCUGGUCCAGUUGUCGUUAUCAACGUUGCUGGAUAUCGAUGUGACGCAUUGUUAAUCAUGCCACAUGAGAUCCAAGUGUUGCCACUGCCGGCUUUGACGGUAGAUGAUAUUGAAAAAAAGACUCGUCUACUAAGAAGAUCUGGCCCGGACUCGAAACUUCUAGAAUGGCUGUGGGAUGUUUUGGCGGAGCCCGUGCUUGGGGCGCUAGGAUUCACGCAGCCUCCAUCUGGAGAUUGCUGGCCUCAUAUCUGGUGGAUUCUCACUGGUAAACUAAGCCAAUUGCCGGUUCAUGCAGCGGGAAAGCAUGAUCAAGGACUCGCCAGUUGCGUCAUGGGUAGAGUCGUCUCAUCGUACAGUCUCUCUAUCAAGUCUCUCAUAUAUGGACGUCGACGCAAGCUACAACAGUCUACACAAACUACUUCUGGGACAGCACUUCUGGUUUCUAUGCCAAAAACAGCUGGCCAGACGUCUUUAUCGUUUGCUCUUGAAGAGUUAGAUAAGCUGGAAAGCCUCUGUCCUUCUUUACAGCUGAAACCUGUUAAACCUCCACGUCGCCGUCGGUGUGUCUUGGGACAAAUGAGCGCCUGUCAAAUAUUUCACUUUGCCGGUCAUGGAAAAUCAGAUCCAUAUGAGCCUUCGAAAAGCUGCUUACUACUGGAUGACUGGAAAACUGAGCCUUUAACAGUGGGAGACCUCCGGAACCACAAAUUACACGAGAACAUGCCAUUCCUUGCGUAUCUUUCUGCGUGCCAUACAGGAGCGAAUAACGUAGAUAGUCUUGUUGAUGAAGGGAUACAUCUUGUCGGUGCCUUCCAGCUUGCUGGUUUCCGUCAUGCUGUGGGAACACUCUGGGAGGUGUCUGAUAGGCACUGUGUUAAUAUGGCGGAGGUUUUAUACAAAACGAUCGUGGAGAAAGGCUCUGGCUCAGAUCCUAGGUUUACAGCUUACACCACACAGAACCAGCAUGUGGACGAGCAUAAUCUCCAUUUUACGAAGGAGCGUGCCAGAGAAGACGGGAAUACUGACAAGGGUGGUACUCGUCACUAG